AUGAGGCCAAUCUCUUCCAACAUCCGCACACCCACACAAAAAAUGGCAGCCUGGCUGGUGAAUGAAAUGAAGAAAUAUCCGGUAAAACAUGGAAAAAGCGUGAAAAAUUCUGUGGAUUUGGUGAAGCAAUUAGAAGGGUUUAAGUUGGGACGGGGAGAAAUUUUGGUCUCGUUCGAUGUCACGGCACUGUUCCCGAGCGUACCAGUCAACGAAGCUCUACAAAGCCUGCGUCGUCAUUUGGAACGCAGCCGAGCUCCACCAAAUCACAUCGAAGCGUAUCUCUCCGUAGCCCAGGUGUGUAUGAACCAGAAUUUUUUCACCUUUAGAGGCAGAGUUUACAGACAAACCUUUGGGCUCAGUAUGGGUAGUAAGCUUUCCCCUUUGCUAGCGGACCUCUUCAUGAGCGAUUUUGAGAACGAAGCUCAAAAGAAGAAGUUGUUCCCCAGGAUUUGGUGGCGCUACGUUGACGAUAUUUUCGCCCCAGUUAAAGAGCGAUAUUUGGAUCAAACUUUGAGCAUGCUAAACUCCCAACACAGCACAAUAAACUUUACGGUAGAGAAGGAAGUAGACGGGAGGCUCCCCUUUCUCGAUCUGUUGAUCAGCAGAAAUGAAGACAACACACUGAAAUUUGGGAUCUACCGGAAGCCUACAUCCACCGAUAGAUACAUCACAUCAGACUCCAAUCACUUCGGUGCUCAAAAGCAAGCCGCAUUCCACUCCAUGGCACACCGGCUGUUUAACGUACCUAUGGCCAAAGAAGAAUUCGAAGAAGAAAAAUGCCGAAUUUAUUCAGCAGCCGAGGUGAAUGGGUACGAUCGGUCUUUUGUGGAUAAAAUAAUUCGUAAACACAAACGUAAAACACAUCGCCACAGUAUAACUACACUACAACCGGACACAAGAGAGGUGAAAAGAGUCAGCCUGCCAUUCUACCCCAAAAUAACAAACCCCAUAAAAACAACACUCCACCGACAAGGGUUACACGUUGUUCAUAAAAGUGAGAACACUCUGCGUGACCUGCUUUGUAACCUUAAAGACAAGGUUCCACCUGACGAGCAGUCUGGCAUAUACCAGGUUCCCUGCAAGGACUGCCCGGCGGUUUACAUCGGCCAAACCCGUCGGAAGGUCAAAGUUCGCAUCAGAGAACACAGGAAUGCCGUAGUGUCGAAUAAGAACAACGAAUCGAGCGUGGCGGCUCAUACGAUGGAAAUCAACCAUGAAAUAGAUUGGGAUAGUGCGAAGCUCAUAAAAAGUCUUGUUCGGUUGCAGCCCGAGUAG